AUGGACCCACUGUCCAACCGUAACCGAAAGAACAUACUAUCCCUGGGCACACAACGGACAUCCACAACGGCGACAGCAACGUCAGCAACCGGUAUGGCAACGCAUCUGCACAAUCAUCGGCAGCAUCAGCAGCAGCAACCGUUCCAUCGGCACUCUACACUCCCUGGACAACAGGCCCCCGGACAGCCACUUGCCCCUGUCCUGCCAACGGCGAGUUCCAGUCCGCUGGUGCACUCCACAUCAGCUCCACCAGGUGCGCAAGAUAAUCGUCCGUACCUGCAGCCACAGCAGCACCACAGCCAUCACCACCAACAUCAGCAACAGCAGCAGAAUGGCGACGGAUUGCCGAAAGCGUUCGUUGCCGCCAUGCGCACACUGUUCGACAUCAUGGACGAUCGGAAAACAGGUUUCGUGCGCUUGGCAGACAUCGAGGAGCGCUGGCAGGACGACGGUUCCAAAGGUCUACCGCGCGGUGUCAUCGACAGUCUGCGCAAGGUAACACCCCCGAAUGGACAUCUCUCGUUCGAGCGCUUCUGCAGUGGUUUGAAAAUAUGCCUCUUGCGCAACCAAACGCCGGGACCGCUUGGUGCGUCAUCCAUCACGCAUGGUGUUACGUCGCAUUCGACAUCUUCCUCCCCGCUUGCACGUGAUGAUUCCGGUCUAAAACCAUCCAUGGCUAAACUAUCCCUCUCAAGACCUCCUUCCGCGCCACUGCUCGAUCUCGACACGGGUGUCGGGGGGAACAGUAAGCUACCUUCGUUGGCACCUGCCUCGGCGUGGAGUACCACUGCUGCUGGUCCGACGAAUACGGCCACCGUGCGACCAAACAAUGCAAUGCCAGCACAGAAAACGCUCAGCAUGCCACAGCUCCUAAACCCCGACGGUGAUCUCGAUCUGGAGCCACCCCCAAUAAUACUGCCUGGCGCUUUUGGUCCUCCGAAGCCGCCCCGCGUAUCCUUAAACCUAGAUCGAAAUGCGCAACAUCAUCCGCAUCUUUCGCAGCAGCAUCAUCACCCGAUUGGUGCUAGUUCCAGCAUUGAUAAGGCCGAAAUACGGAACGCUCUCCAGAACUGGCAGAUGUCGCUGCUGAUGGGUGAAGCCGCGGGAGAUAAGGGCGAUGCUGGCAAAGGCACUCUCAGACCACUAGCCCGUGGAUCUGCCGAUGGACAGACGGAUCUCUCAACAUCGUCACCUUCGUUGCAAUCCAUCAAUCAGCUGGACGGAGCACGGCUUAGCUCCGGUGGUCUCUAUCAGAAAAAAUCCCCGGGUGCAGCUGGACGACGCCGCGAGCCUAGACGGCACACGCUCCAAAAUGGCGUCGACUAUAACAUGCUGAAGCGGCUGAAACAGAUCGAGCAGGAAAAGGACAUCCUGCUGCAGGGAUUGACGGCGGUCGAGAAGGCACGCGAAUGGUACCACAAACAGCUGGCCGCGGUGCAGGAAAAGAUGCGAUACCUUGGACGUCCCGGAUCACACAUGGAAACGUGGACCGAAACGCAGCAAGAGCGGUUAGAUCUACAGCGGGCUCGUGUCCUCGAGGUGAAUCGCCAUCUUAUGAUGCUGGCCGAAAGCUGGGAACGGGGUGGUUUCCCCAUGCACAUGAACCUUGCUCUACGCCCCCUUCCCGGUACCAUGCUGGCUGUGGGACCGUCUCACUAUCAGCAGCGUGCCCUUCAUCAACAACGUCCAUCUCAGCCACAACCGCCUACCGCAGCUAUUCCACCAGCCGUUCCUCCACCACCGUCAGCAACUUCAGCUGGCGGCUAUCCGACGGUACCUUCCCAACCACAUCAUCUACAGCAGCAGCAACAGUCGCCCGAAAUAGUUAACCAUCUGAAGCAGCAGAACCAUCAGCUUUGCGAGGAGAUAACUCAAAAGAACGAGAAGCUGUCACUGCUCGAGCGGGAAAAGGCGGCACUGAUACGGGAACUGUUGCAGCUCCAGCGCACGAACCGUGCCAGCAGUAUGAUAUCGAACACGGAGGAGUUGGUGUUCUGA